UUUGAUCAGGAUUGUUAAAAUGAGUCUACGGAAGCAAACCCCCAGUGACUUCUUAAAGCAAAUCAUCGGACGACCAGUUGUGGUAAAAUUGAAUUCUGGAGUGGAUUAUCGAGGGGUCCUGGCUUGCCUGGACGGCUACAUGAAUAUAGCCCUGGAGCAGACGGAAGAAUAUGUAAAUGGACAGCUGAAGAAUAAGUAUGGUGAUGCAUUUAUCCGUGGAAACAAUGUGUUGUAUAUAAGUACACAGAAGAGAAGGAUGUGAAGACGUCAAGAGGACAAUACUUUUCAUACUUGGAUAUAUUUUUUAUGAGAUUUUUUUUUGGUUCUUUUGUGACGUGACUUGUCCUAUUUCAUAAUAGUUGGUGAUUUUUCACUGACAUGCGAGUGAGAGAAGUGCACAAAAUCGUGGAUGUAGUUGUAAAGAGCUUCCUCCAUAUUUAAGUUUUAGGCAUUUUCUUUUCCUGCUGUGUCAGUGUGCAGAACGCAAAAGAAUAAAGAAAAAAAGAAAGAAAAAACCA